AUGAAGGCCAUUGUGGUGGCCGGCACGCACAGUGGCGUGGGCAAGACGAGCGUCGCCGUGGGGCUCAUGGCCGCCUUCCGCCGGCGAGGUCUCCGCGUGCAGCCGUUCAAAGUCGGACCCGAUUUUCUGGACCCCAUGCACCAUCAGGCGGCUACAGGGCGAGACUCGUACAACCUGGAUGGGUGGAUGCUCAACAGGGAGGCCAACGUGGCAUGUUUCACCCGAUUCGCAGCCUCAACUGACGUGGCAGUAGUGGAGGGCGUGAUGGGGCUAUUCGACGGCCGAGAUGGCAAGACAGAGGUCGGCAGCACAGCAGAGAUGGCCAAGAUCAUAGGAGCCCCGGUUGUCCUCGUUUUAGACUGCUGGUCUAUGUCUAGAAGCGCGGCGGCCAUGGUGCACGGUUACGCGUCCUUCGACCCGUCGUUGCGGUUCGCGGGGAUUAUUCUGAAUAAGGUUGCCAGCGCAGCACAUGCCACGUGGCUGACUGAGGCGUUAGAAUCUGCACACGUUAGAGUUCCUGUCCUAGGUGGCAUUCCUAAAUCUGCUGACGUGGAGAUGCCGGAGCGCCACCUAGGACUGCACCGGCCGGGGGUGGACGCGGACGGGGUGCCAGCUCAGCACGCCGAGCGGCUGGCGACGCUGAUUGAAGCCCAUGUGGAUCUGGACAGGCUGUUACAGCUGGCAGCUGACGUGGCAGGGGUGCCUACUUUGGGGCUCGGGGCAGGGGAGGGAAGUGUGUGCGGAGGGGAGGAUGUUGAGGGGAGUGUGGUGGGCGGAGGAGGGAGUGUGGUGAGUGGGAUGGGAGGAGCGGGAGGGGGAGAGUGUGGUGCGUCAUCGGCCAAUGAGCUGCCUCCGCUGUCUAUGCCGCCCGGCAUGAAGCUUGCUCGCAUUGGGGUGGCGAGAGACGAAGCCUUUUGUUUCUACUACCACGACAAUUUGUCGCUUCUAAGAGAGGCGGGAGCAGAGAUUGUCUUUUUCUCCCCGUUGACUGACCCUCUGCCGCACCGCCUCGACGCGGUUUACUUUGGGGGAGGAUACCCCGAGCUGCACGCGGCUGCUCUGGCUGCCAACACCAGGCUGGUGUAUGCGCUGAGGGCGUUUGCUGCUGCUGGCGGGGUGGUGUACGGCGAGUGUGGCGGGCUCAUGUACCUGUCGAGGAGCAUCGAGACGAAGGAGGGCGAGGUGCACGAGAUGUGUGGUCUGCUGCCCUUCCGCACACGAAUGGUCUCUACACUCAAGCUCGCUUACUGCAUUGUGCGUCCCCAGCCCAACUGUGUGCUGUUCCCGGCCGAGCUGGGCGAGAUGAGAGGGCAGUUCUUCCACUUCAGUGAGGUGGUGCUGGAUGACGGGUCGUUCCAUGGCGACCAGCUGGAAUUCGGGUACCUUAUUGAGCAACAAACCCCCGGUUCUUCUGCUCGUCCAGAGGGCUACAUGGCGGGGGCAGUGCUAGCCUCCUACGUGCAUCUGCACUUCGCCUCCAACCCCUCCCUCGCCCACGCCUUCAUCGACGCCUGCCGAACCGACCCCACCAAAUCCGCAGCCGUCGCCGCAGCUUCUGCUUCGGCCGUGGCCGGAGCUGGGGCGGCAGCUGCGGCUGCAGCGGGGGCAGCGGCGGCUGCGGCGGUGGCAGAUGCGUUGAAUGAGGACGACAGGCUGUCGCAGCGAUCGGUCUCGUAUAAUUUGUACUCCUCUCCGGUCCACCCGAGCCAGCUGGGGUUGCAUCAGCAGCAACAGCAGCAGCAGCAGCAGCAGCAGCAGCAGCAGCAGCAUCUGGCCGCUGGGUGCGCCCCGUCUUCUGCGUCGUCAGUUCAGUCUGGGAGCUCGUUUAGGAGGAGAAGUGAGAGCGGAGGGAGGUGGGAUGCGAGGGGGUUUGAUUCUGGCGGCGGGGUGUCGCCUCCUCAUUAUCUGGAGACGUAUGGGAGGGGAGGAGGGGGUGGAGUAGGGGGCGGGAGGGGGGGAAUUGUUGGGUCAGGUGGGAUGUAUGGUGGGGGGGUGUCGCCUCCUCAUUAUAUGGAGUCAUACGGGCGAGGAAGAGGGGGAGGUGGAGGGGGAGAGGCAGGGGGAGGAUAUGGGGGUAUUGGAGGGAGAGUGUAUGAUCCCAGGUGGCAGUGGCACGAAGAUAUUAUCCCCAGAGCUCAUUCAGGUACUGUUCCUGGCUCUUCAGGUGUUUUCUCAGGUGGCCCAUCAGGUGUUUCACCUGAGCACGACGAUCCCACCGAGGCUGACCUCCAGGCUCGGCGGAUGGGCUCCCGUGAGGCAGAGGACCGAUCCUCACGUUCGGAAUCGUACGUUAUUGGAGACCGCGUGGGCGGCAGAGUUGUCCCGUAUGCCAUGUUUCCGGGCGGCAGCGCCAUUGGCAGCGCAGUGGCGAGAGCAUACGGCGGGCAAUCAAAUCACGCAGGAUAUGGAUAUGGGCCGGGAACGGGCGGCGGAAGUGGGGGGAGAGGAGUGGGAGGAGAAGGAGGGGGGCGGGGAGGAGUAGACUGGGCUAGAUACGAGCUUUCCCCACCCCUGCCUUACCAAUCCACUAGUCAUUUGAGGGAAGGAAAUGGGAGUCAAGGGGUAGGAGGGCCUGGGUUUAUUCCCUCUCCCAUGCGAAGGUCUAUAUCGGAGCUAUGGAUGCCUGGGGGUGGGGGUGGCGGGUUAGAGGAGUUGAGCCUGGGCGGAGGGCAAGGGGGGCCUGGUCGAGGGGGAAGAGGAGGGGGAGGAGCGGGGGGAGGCGGAGGAGGAGGGGGAGGCGGAGUGAGAGGAGGAGGAGCGAGAGGAGGAGGAGGAGGGGGAGAUGGGGGAGCGGGUGGGUAUGGGGGGACAGGAAGGAGAGAUGGUGGGGCUAGAGGGAAAGUCGUGGGAGGAGGGGCAGGGGGAGCAGGAGGGGAGGGAGGAGGGGAAGGAGCGGGAGGAGGGAGAGGUGGAGGAGGAGGGGGAGGAGGGUCUGGUAACAGAGGUGGUGGGAGUGGUUCAGUGGGGGGGAGAUCAGGAAGCGGAGGUGGUAGUAGCUCGACCUCAGAUCCAUCUGCACACCUGUCCACCGCUGCUAAUCUCUCUUCAGCAGGUGUCUCUGCAACAGACGAGCGCAGCUAUGCGGAUUCCGGUUCGGCUUCGGAUUAUGAUGAGAUGAAUGCGAGCGACUUGCGGAGCUCUUCUGAGUUUGAUGAGGGGUUGACGUCUAGUGGCCGGCUGUCGGAUUUCGUGGGGAGCAACAGUGGGAGGAGCGUGGAGCAGAUGUAUGAGACGGGCGGAGGGGGUGGUGGUGGAGGAGGGGUGAAGGGGCCUUCUAGUGGGAAAAUGGCGGAUUUUGUGAGUGCAGGGGUUCAGAGGAGCUUCACUGGGGCUUCAGCAUCUGGACGUCCUGGUGAUGCUGGUGGUGGUGCUGUUGCUGCUGCUGCUGCUGCUGCUGCUGCUGCUGCUUCCAGUGCUGGUGGUGCUGAUGGUGCUGCUGCUGCUGGUGGUGGGAGCAUAACAGUGAGCAGGAGCGCGAGUGGGAGGCUCUAUACUGAGAAUGAGGUGCCUUUUAAAACGUCACAGAGGCUUUAUAUCGAGGAUGAGGUUUCCAGUCAAUCACGAGCGGUGAGGAUAGCAGGAGGGGCAGCAGGAGCAGGGGAAGGAGUCAGGGCAGGGGCAGCGGCCGAGGCAGUGGUAGGAGCAGGAGCAGGGGCAGCAGGGGGAAUGGGGGAAGCGGUAGUGGGGAGAGGGGGGAUGAGAUCUGCUGAUGGGACUCCAACGAAGAUCGCCAGUGCGCCACUCCUUAAAGGCCUGCGGUUUACAAGCACUCCUGAUGCUGCUGCUGCCGCUGCUGCUGCUGCCGCUGCUGCUGCUGCUGGUGCUGGUGCUUCUGCUGGUGCUGCUGCUGCCGCUGCUGCUGGUGGUAGCAGGGGCGGAAUGGGAGGGGCGGGAGGGGGUGGAGGGGUGGUAUUGUCAGCACAUGGGAGUUAUGGGCAUGUGUCUGGGCUUGCCACUCAGGCUGCAAAUGCUGCUCAUGCCACUCACACCACCCGUACCACACAUGCUGGGCAUUCUUCCAUGAAUGCUCAUACCCCGUCCCAUCCUCACUCCUCGAUGCAUCCUCCUGCUCCUCAGCAUCCUCACUCCUCUCACUAUCCUCCCCAACACCCCCCUUCCCACCAUCCCCCACAUCAGCAGCAGCCACAUCAUCAUAAUCAGCAGCAGCAGCAGCAGCAGCAGCAGCCGUAUCAGCAACAGCAUUAUCCUCUUUACUCUCAACCCAUCCCUCCUCUCAGCACCCCCUUUCCUGGCCCUCCCCUCUCAGUAGCUGUUACAGGGUCUCAACCCACCCCUCUUCCUACUCGUUCUGACCUACCCCAGUUCACCACUCCUCCCGAACCUGCUUCCAAGGCUGCUGCUGAAGCUGCCGCCGAAGCUGCAGGUCGGGCUGCUCAAGCUUUUCAGGCUGCCCGUUUGGGACCAGAAGCAGAGCCUGAGAGUGACGCUUUCUUUGAUUCCUGCCCGAACUUUGAAUCUCCAAAACCCCACACUCACUUCUCCCCUUCUAAAGACUUUUCGUUUGGCACGAGGAGACGAUUAGACCUAGACCAAGAGACUGAUGGGGGGCGAUGGGGAGAAGGAUUUGGGGCAGGGGAGAGCGUGGGGAGGAUAGGGGGUGUGGGCGCGCAAGGGGGGAUGGAGCAGGGAGAGCAGCAGGGGCAGAGGCUGGGAGAAGGUCAGAUGCAGGGGCAGGGGCACGGGCAGGGGCAGGGGCAGAAGGAGCAGGAUCAGGGGCAGUGGCAGCAGCAGCAGCAGCAGCAGCAGCAGCAGCAGCAGCAGCAGCAGCAGCAGCAGCAGCAGCAGCAGCAGCAGCAGCAGCAGCAGCAGCAGCAGCAGCAGCAGCAGCAGCAGCAGCAGCAGCAGCAGCAGCAGCAGCAGCAGCAGCAGCAGCAGCAGCAGCAGCAGACGGGUGCUGGUGUGACAGUAGGGAGUUUCGGGGUGACUGCAGCAGCUGGAAUGGCAGGUGGAAUGCCAGGCGGAAUUUCAGGUGGAAUGUCAGGUGGAAUGGCAACAGAGGGACGGCAGGUGCUUCACUGCCCUGCUGUCACCAAGGCGUCUCCUAAGGUCCACGCCCUCCCUUGUGUGCUGGAUUCGGAGUGGUUGAGAGCGGUGCAGCCAGAUGUGGUGCUAGAGUCGAUGGUCACUGUUGGGGGCGGCCCUGGGUCUGCAGCAGCCAGCUCAGGCCCUCAUCUUGAUAUCUAUCUCUCUCACACUGUUCCUCUACCUGCCUCUCACCCUCCCUGCCCCCACCAGCUCUCCCAGGUGCUAGAGUCAGUGGUCACGGUGGGGUCAGCCCUGGGUCUCCACCAGCCAGCCCAGGCCCUCUCCUCCCACCUCCACCUGCGCCUGCGCUCCCUUGCUGCUGCCCUCGCCACCGACCCCUGGCCCCGACCCACCUCCCUAGAGAUGCAGUUGUAG